AUGGAGGAAGAAGUUGCUGCUCUCGUCAUCGACAAUGGUUCGGGUAUGUGUAAGGCCGGUUUCGCCGGUGACGACGCACCACGAGCUGUCUUCCCCUCCAUUGUCGGUCGUCCCCGUCACCAUGGUAUCAUGAUUGGUAUGGGUCAGAAGGACUCCUACGUUGGUGAUGAGGCACAGUCCAAGCGUGGUAUCCUCACGCUCCGUUACCCCAUUGAGCACGGUGUUGUCACCAACUGGGACGACAUGGAGAAGAUCUGGCACCACACCUUCUACAACGAGCUCCGUGUUGCCCCCGAAGAGCACCCCAUUCUCUUGACCGAAGCUCCCAUCAACCCCAAGUCCAACCGUGAGAAGAUGACCCAGAUCGUGUUCGAGACCUUCAACGCACCCGCCUUCUACGUCUCCAUCCAGGCCGUUCUGUCCCUGUACGCCUCCGGUCGUACCACUGGUAUCGUUCUUGACUCCGGUGACGGUGUCACCCACGUUGUCCCCAUCUACGAGGGUUUCUCUCUGCCCCACGCUAUCUCGCGUGUCGACAUGGCUGGCCGUGAUUUGACCGACUACCUGAUGAAGAUCCUUGCUGAGCGUGGUUACACUUUCUCCACCACCGCCGAGCGUGAAAUCGUCCGUGACAUCAAGGAGAAGCUUUGCUACGUCGCUCUCGACUUCGAGCAGGAGAUCCAGACCGCUUCCCAGAGCUCCAGCCUCGAGAAGUCCUACGAGCUUCCCGAUGGACAGGUCAUCACUAUUGGCAACGAGCGCUUCCGUGCUCCUGAGGCUCUGUUCCAGCCUAACGUUCUUGGCCUUGAGUCUGGCGGUAUUCACGUCACCACCUUCAACUCCAUCAUGAAGUGUGAUGUUGAUGUCCGUAAGGAUCUGUACGGCAACAUUGUCAUGUCUGGUGGCACCACCAUGUACCCCGGUAUCUCCGACCGUAUGCAGAAGGAGAUCACUGCCCUUGCUCCUUCUUCCAUGAAGGUCAAGAUCAUCGCUCCCCCCGAGCGCAAGUACUCUGUCUGGAUCGGUGGAUCCAUUCUGGCCUCCCUGUCGACCUUCCAGCAGAUGUGGAUCUCGAAGCAGGAGUACGACGAGAGCGGUCCUUCCAUCGUUCACCGCAAGUGCUUCUAAGCUUCUUGCAGCACUUUACUACUCGUAUUCGCUCGUACUUUCCUGGUGUAUCAAAAAGCAGGAUGGGGGCACUGGUGGAUUGCAAGCGUUGUUGGACUCGCAUUAUCAAGCGGAUAGCCUGAAAAUGGAAUCUCGAUUU